CCGCCUCGUUUCGUUCACUUAACUGCAAGCUCUCCGAAGUGCGGGAUCCUUGCUGUUCUAGAACAUUUAGCCUUCCAACACCGUUGAUUGCAAUAAAGGAAAAUGAGCAAAGCACCCGCCGUCGGUAUUGACCUGGGAACGACCUACUCGUGUGUAGGCGUUUUCCAGCAUGGCAAAGUUGAGAUCAUUGCCAACGAUCAGGGAAACAGAACAACCCCAAGCUAUGUAGCCUUCACAGACAAUGAGCGUCUCAUUGGAGAUGCUGCCAAGAACCAGGUGGCCAUGAAUCCCGAAAACACAGUCUUUGAUGCCAAGAGGCUCAUUGGUCGCAAAUGGGAUGAACCAUGUGUGGCAUCUGACAUGAAACAUUGGCCAUUCAAUGUCAUCAAUGAAGGUGGAAAGCCAAAGAUCAGUGUGGACUACAAGGGUGAAUCCAAACUGUUCUUCCCUGAAGAAAUCUCUUCCAUGGUGCUAACAAAAAUGAAGGAAACCGCAGAAGCCUAUCUUGGCAAGACGGUCACAGAUGCUGUGGUCACAGUGCCUGCCUACUUCAACGAUUCUCAACGUCAAGCAACAAAAGACGCUGGAACCAUCUCAGGCCUCAACGUUUUGAGAAUCAUCAAUGAACCCACAGCCGCUGCCAUUGCCUACGGUCUGGACAAGAAAGUUGGCACUGAGAGGAACGUUCUCAUCUUUGAUCUUGGUGGUGGUACCUUCGAUGUGUCCAUCCUCACCAUUGAGGACGGCAUCUUUGAGGUGAAAUCCACUGCUGGAGACACUCACUUGGGUGGUGAAGACUUUGACAACCGCAUGGUCAACCACUUCAUCCAGGAGUUCAAGCGCAAACACAAGAAAGACAUUGCCGACAACAAGAGGGCAGUCCGUCGUCUAAGAACAGCAUGUGAGAGGGCAAAGAGAACUCUAUCUUCAUCUACUCAGGCCAACAUUGAGAUCGACUCUCUAUUCGAGGGUAUCGACUUCUACACCACCAUCACCCGGGCCCGCUUCGAGGAGCUGAACGCAGAUUUGUUCCGUGGUACACUGGAGCCUGUUGAGAAGUCCAUGCGUGAUGCCAAAAUGGACAAGUCUCAAGUCCAUGAAAUUGUCCUGGUGGGAGGAUCCACACGUAUCCCCAAGAUCCAGAAACUGCUGCAGGACUUUUUCAAUGGAAAGGAACUCAACAAGAGCAUCAACCCCGAUGAGGCUGUCGCUUAUGGUGCUGCUGUGCAAGCCGCCAUUCUUCACGGUGACAAGUCUGAGCAGGUCCAGGACCUCCUGCUGCUGGAUGUGGCCCCUCUGUCUUUGGGUAUCGAGACAGCCGGUGGUGUGAUGACAGCUCUCAUCAAGAGGAACACAACCAUCCCCACAAAGCAAACGCAAACCUUCACUACUUACUCAGACAAUCAGCCCGGUGUGCUCAUCCAGGUAUAUGAGGGUGAGCGUGCCAUGACAAAGGACAACAAUCUCCUGGGUAAAUUUGAGCUGACUGGCAUCCCCCCAGCGCCAAGAGGGGUUCCCCAGAUUGAGGUGACCUUUGACAUUGAUGCCAACGGUAUCCUCAACGUCUCAGCUGCCGACAAGAGCACUGGCAAAGAGAACAAAAUCACCAUCACCAACGACAAAGGUCGUCUCUCUAAAGAGGAGAUUGAGAGGAUGGUGAAUGAUGCUGAGAAGUACAAGAACGAGGAUGAGAAACAAAAGACCAGAAUCUCUGCCAAGAACGGCCUGGAGAGCUACGCUUUCCACAUGAAGUCAACGGUUGAAGAUGAAAAACUGAAAGACAAACUUGGAGAGGAUGACAAGAAGACUAUCAUUGACAAGUGCAAUGAUGUCAUUUCUUGGCUGGAUGCCAACCAGCUGGCUGAACAAGAUGAGUUUGAACACAAGCAGAAGGAGCUGGAGGGUGUAUGCAACCCCAUCAUCACCAAGCUGUACCAGGGCAUGGGUGGUGCUCCUGGUGCCGGCGGUAUGCCUGAUUUCAGCGGUGCUGGAGGUGCUCCUGGUGCCGGAGGUGCCCCCGAUGCUGGCUCAGGAGGCAGCGGACCCACCAUCGAGGAGGUCGAUUAAACUGUUCAAGAAUCUAGUCCCUGCUCUUUGUCUUGAACAGCUGAACAGUGAUUGUUUAGUAUUUGCAUUAAUAAAUUUUCAAAAUUUUAUAAA